CAGUCAGUGUAGCUCGAAGUGUCACGAGGAAACUGGUGCUUCUCUCGUCAGCCGCCUCACCUACUCGCUGAGUCGAUGUGGAGAGCAUGGGCGUCCCGGGCGUGUGUGUUGGUGUCGCUUACUCUGUGGGUGAUUGGAAAUUCGUGGGCGGCGGCGCUAGAGGGCAGCACUCACGGCGGCGAGGGCGCGGGCGGCGACGGCAACGCCAGCGCCCAUGACGACGGCAACGCCAGCGCCCAUGACAACGGCAACGGCAGCUGUCACAGCGAGGAGCACGAGGGCGGGAUCCACCUCAUGUCCUUCCGGUGGCACGAGGUGGGCGUCUACUACACCGUCACCACCUUCGUCAUCGUCGCUGGACUCUGCAAAGUCGCAUUCCACCAGAUCCACUGGCUCUCCAACAAGAUCCCCGAGUCCUGCGUCCUGAUCAUCUUGGGCGUCUUACUGGGGGUCGUCGUCUUCUUCACCGUCGAUGACGCCAACGGAACUUCAUCCUGUAGCUACAACUUCGAAGUUCCUCACUUUACGUCAGACAAGUUCUUCUUCGUUUUGCUCCCUCCCAUCAUCUUAGAGUCUGCAUACUCCCUACAUGAUCGCGCCUUCUUUGACAACUUAGGCACAGUCCUCGUGUUUGCCGUGAUUGGAACGCUGUUCAAUAUCUUCACCAUAGGUCCAGCUCUGUAUGGCGUUGCACAAGGAGGGCUAAUGGGCGCCAUUGCUAUUGGCUUCACGGAGACCUUGGUAUUUUCUUCCCUCAUCUCGGCCGUGGAUCCCGUGGCAGUGUUGGCCAUUUUCCAGGAACUUGGUGUUAACAAGGAUCUCUAUUUCCUUGUCUUCGGGGAAUCUCUUCUCAAUGACGGCGUCACCAUCGUCGUGUACACCACCUUGACCUCGUUCGUCACUAUGGAGGUCAUCUCGGCAGGUCAAUAUGCCCUCGCCGUCGCCUCCUUCUUCAUCGUGGUGUUUGCAGGGGCGGUCAUCGGCAUUCUGUUCGGCUGCGUGACGGCGCUCAUCACCAAGUACACAGCGGAAGUCAGAGUGGUGGAGCCCCUGGCACUUCUUGGCCUUGCGUACCUGUGCUACCUCACGGCGGAACUCUUUCAUUUCUCAGGAAUCAUCAGUCUCAUCAUGUGUGGACUCUUCCAGGCAAAUUAUGCCUUCCAGAAUAUUUCACAGAAGUCUUACACGUGCGUCAAAUACUUCACUAAGAUGGCCAGUGCCACAAGCGACACUAUUAUCUUCAUGUUCUUGGGAAUGGCCCUGGUGAGCAAGGACCACAUCUGGCACCCUGGCUUUAUCCUGUGGACAAUUGGGUUCUGCUUAAUCUUCAGGUUCAUUGGGGUAGCUCUUUUAACCAUAGUCAUGAAUCAUUAUCGAAUGAAGAAGAUUGGGCUCCAAGAACAAUUCAUCACAGCGUACGGAGGCUUGAGAGGAGCCGUAGCCUUCUCUCUAGCCAACAUGUUAGAUCAGACAGUUGACCCGAGGAGGAUAUUCAUCACUACAACUCUUAUGGUCAUUUUAUUCACAGGUUUCAUACAGGGAAUAUCAAUCAAGCCUCUAGUGAACCUCUUGAGAAUACAGAAGAAGCGCUCAGACCAUAAGAAACUGAAUGAAGAAAUCAACGACACUGCCAUGGACCACAUCAUGGCGGGCGUCGAGGAAAUUCUAGGGCAGCACGGAGACUUCUAUCUUCGGGAGCUGAUUAUCCACUACAAUGACAAGUAUCUCAAGAAGUGGUUUGUCAAGCCUUGCAGUGAAUCCAAGCUCACGAGACUCUUCGAGAAAAUUGCAAUUUCAGAACAUUAUGCUCAUCUGUACGGACCAGUGGCGAUGAUUGAAGAUAAAGUGAAGCCAUUGGUGACGAAAUCUGCUGCUUCUAAGAGAAUUCGCACCAUAUCUGUCUCUCCGUCGCAUAAUGAUGAAAUUCUGCUUCAACCCAAUUUAAGCUUAGAAGACGAAGAAGACGAUGAGUUUGAAGCAGAGGAGAACAAGGUUAUCCAACCAGCUGAGCCAGUUGAGCUGAGAAGGAAGCCCUCGUACUUGCCUAUAAGGAGGAGUCGAGUGGCGUCAGAAUCCAGUGCCACUGAGCCGCAGGUACAGCGGUCACAUGAUGCACAAGCCCUGCGGAAAGCCUUCAGAAACAACCCAUAUAAUAAGCUCCAUUACAAGUACAACCCAAACCUCGUGGGGGAGGAGGACCAGGAGCUAGCGGAGCACCUGCAUCGCCGACACCUGAACGCCCGCCGCAUGACGCGUCUCGCAUCCUGUUCCCGUCUUCCUGUAUCCAACAUUGUCGAGUCUUUACGACCUAAAACAGGUGUGUUGCGUUUAGGGGGACGGUUUGUCGGGCAGGUGUUCUUUGGUUUAAUGGCAAGGUAAAAUGUUGGGUUUGAAAUGUGUUGUUUUGUUAAUGAGUAAUGUUUUUCUUCAGAGGUUAUAUGUUGUUGGAGGAAUGUUUCAAGGAAAUUUAGAUGAUUUUACAGUUAGCAGUCACUGGUGAUGCAAAAGGUAAUGGCUAUUAUCUUAUUCAUAACUAGAGGACAACCCAGAGACUUUA